UCUAGCGAUAGUGCUGACGGCGGCAAUGACGGUGAUGGCGGCAGUGAUGGUGGUGGUGGUGGUGAGUACAGGUGGAUUACGACCCAUUAAUGUACACGUCCACUCCUACAAGCCAGAGGACGCCCCCUACCCUUUAGCAGGCCUGGCAGUGCGGACACCCUCCAUCAGUUGGAUCACGAAGGAGCAGGUGGUUGACAUUGGGUCAAGCAUCCAGCUGGAGUGUUCAGUGCAGUACUCCCAGGACUACCCAGUGUUGUGGCUUAAGAAAGGCGCCGGGGAUGUCCAGGACCUGCCCAUCUCCAGCGGUCCUGGCCUUAUCAUUAGGGACUCCCGCUAUGCCCUGAGACACGACCAAGGCUCUGCCACCUAUAUCCUGCAGAUUAAGGACAUCCAGGAGAGUGACGGAGGGGACUAUAUGUGUCAGGUCCUCCUCGGCAUCAACAACCGCAUUACAGCAAACGUCAACCUCCUCGUCCGCAGACCUCCAGUUAUUUCCGACAACUCAACCAGGUCGGUGGUGGCGAGUGAGAGCGACAGUGUGGAGUUAUCGUGCUAUGCUGGAGGAAUGCCUAUCCCAGAGAUCUCCUGGAGGAGGGAAAACAAUGCUAUUCUCCCUACAGGUGGUUCUAUCUAUAGAACUGUACGUACACACAGGGGUAACGUAUUGCAGAUUGCAAACAUCCGCAAGGAGGACCGUGGCACCUACUACUGCAUUGCUGAGAACCAGGUGGGGCGUGGUGCUCGCAGGAACAUUAACGUCGAAGUUGAGUUUUCUCCUGUUGUGAAGGCCACACGUCCCCGGGUCUAUCAGGCUCUUCAAUACGACAUGGAUCUGGAGUGCCAUGUUGAAGCGUACCCACCAGCUGCUAUUACUUGGGUCCAUAAGCAAGAGUCCAUUGUUAACAACCAGCACUUUCGGGUUUCCCAGUUUGCCACUGCUGAUGAGUUCACAGAUACAACUCUCCGUGUCUUGAGCAUUGAGAAGCGCCAGUUUGGUAACUACUCCUGCAUGGCCACCAACAAGCUCGGCCAGUCUUCAGCUACAGUUCAGCUCAUCGAGCAUGUAGUACCCAACAUCCGAUACCGAGGUGUGCUGCUCUACACGGCAGGAGGAGGUAGCCUCACCCCUCACGCUCUACUGUGGUCCCUCCUGUGUGGUGUAUGCGUCACCAUCACCCAUAAGCUCUUGGUUUAGUCAGUCUGAUCUAACAAUCACUCUUAUCACCAGUCUUUCCACAUCCUGUACUCUUUCAUUCACCGAUCAAUGAUAGCUACAGUAGAUACCAUGUAGACUUAACCCAUAAUAGUUUUCAUCAGUAUAUUUAACAAGAAUCAGGUUAAGCGAACCAUGUAACACCAGCAAACUCUGAAUUCACAAGUUAGUUUUGCAACUGCACCCACAUUAACACAUUUUGCAUGUUUAAAACUAAACUCACAUCACUGAUACUUCAUAAAAUAAAUUUUACUAACUUACAAGGUCCAACACAAAGAAAAAGUGAAUCACCCCCUUUACGGUCUAUGAUGUUGUUCUUUAAGUUUCAUCAAAAACUUUUAUUUCUAUCCUUAGUCAAUUCAUGACAUUUUUAAUACUUUUUUGUUCUGAGUUUAUGGACAUUUUAAUAGGCAGAAUAAUGCCUAUAAUAAUGUUGGAAACUGCAACAACGCAUACCUUCAGUCAUUUCACUGUCUGAAUUUUCUCAGUUUUUGUGAUUAAUAAGUAGCAUAACUUCUUAAACUAUUUUUGAAGCAGUAAACUUCAAUGUAUUUUACCAAUAAUUCAUGAAUAUCCAUCAGUUUCAUGAUGGCAUUAGUUUUUUACACAUUUCUAGAUAUAUUAUUCUACUACAGAUAUCCUGAAGGUGUAGAAGUUAACAAUGAUGGUCCAGUACUAUAAUACAGGGGAGUGCAAACCCCUCCCGGAAUUAUUAAAUGAUAAGAUGGCAUAUUGGAUAAACAGUAUUUUGCAUUCUGAGUUAUCAGUGUAAUGAAUAAAUUAAUUCUAAUCCUCUUACAUCCAUUGUAUCUGGUAAUGACAGAUGUGAAACAAUUGUCCUAUACAGUAUGUACAUACAGUACUAGCCAUAAAUGGAUUGAGAAUCUUUUUUUUCUUCUAUAAUUUAGCAAUGAUUGUUUGAAACCUUGAGUAAACUGUUAUAAGUAGAGUGAAGAACUACGAUGAACCAAAACAAGAAGUUACAGUCACAAAGUCAUUUUGUAUCGUAAGGACAGUGUAAGGUAGCAGUGUAUGGGGAAGGGGUUCACGUUUCCUCCAAAAUUGACUGAGGACGUAGCUCUAAAUAGAGUGCUGUAGAUUGCAGUGUUCUGUGAGUCUGGAUAUUCUAAAACUAAGAAGUGUAGUAAUGGUAUGCUAGACAGUUAACUAAGGUACUGUACAUGAAUAUUUAUAUGUUAAUUAGUAUGCCAUCACAGGUUAUAGUGUACCCUCCCCAUAAUGUUUUCUUGGCACUGCCACUUAUUUGUAGGGCUAUAGUAAUCUUAUCACUUAAAAUUCCAAGAUUUAAUUCUUGGUCAUGUGUUACUUACGAGGAGUGGUCACAGAGGAUCAUUGCGUUGAGUAGGGAGGUCAGAUUUAACUAAAACUUUUCACCAGGGCGGACAUUACUGUACUUGUGGAAAUAGGAACUUAUAAUAAUUUCACUGUCAAUGAAUCAACGUGAAAUAACCAGUUGAAUUAUGAUCCAUUUUAUGUGAUAUUUUGAAGACAUGAAUGCAAUUGAGUUUAUUAAGGACGAGUCUUAAAGCACUGUUGUAGUUGAUAGAAAAGAUCUAUUGGUUCAGGACGAGGUUCUACCAGUUUAACAAAUGCACAGUUUUACAAUUUAGAAAAUUGAAAGAAUUUGAAGUUUUCCAUCAUUAUUGGUGAUUAGGAGAUGUGUAUAUGUCAUUUCACCAACAACUUACCACACUCAGGAAGCUAAAUUGAGACGGUUAAAAGAAAAAAAAAACAUACAAAAAUUUUACUGGAAACACAUCCUAUGGAUUUCCUUUCAGAUUUCUUUACUCUAAAAGACUUGCCAAAUUUAAUUGAGUGGGCAGAAUAUUUAGUUUCAUUCAGUAAAAUGUAUUUAUAACUGUUGGAACUUUAUCAUUUUUUAAAUUUAUAUCUACAAGAAUUAUUUAGAAAAGAAUUGUAGGCUAGGACAUGAUGAAACCCAUAGUGUUUGUCACAUUGCAUUUUAUUGAUGACUGUAUUUGUAUAAAUUAGUGCAAUUUUCAAGUGUGAUGUAUAUGUAGUUUACAGUUGAGAGAAUGUUUAUGUAUGCGUAAAUGGGCUAUAUGUUGUGGUUUGAAUCGUAUCACGCAAUUGUGUUAUGAAUCAAAAUAUUUUGUAUGUUUUCCUUUCAGUAAAUAAACUAAAAAAAUAUA